UGCCUGAGAUAAACUGCAUCAGCAUAACGUAUAGUUGCCCUUAAACUGCAUCUGCAAGGAUCUUUUGUUUCUUGGCUCCUCUCACGUCCCAAUUGAUGGAAUCCCUGCAAUUGACUCAAGACUGGCACUCAACUCAUUUCAGUUUCAUGAACAGCCUCUCUUCUCAACUCAAACUCAAACCCAUCCAAGUUAAGGCCUUCUCUGCUGCUGCUGCUGCUUCUUCUUCUCAAAUCAGAAGAUGCGGAAAGGCGAAGGCCUCCGAUGCUCAACUGAAAGAGAAUUGGCUGUCUUCACUGUCUUACCCUCUUUUGAGUGAAGACACACAGCAACACCAAAGUGAUGCCUCCAACUUUAAAUGGGUUCUUGGAAUCGACCCUGACGUCUCUGGCGCUGUGGCGCUCUUGAAAACUCAACAUUCUCAUUCUGAUUCUGCGCCUCAGGUAUUCGAUUCCCCUUUUGUGCAAAUACUUGUUGGGAAAAGAACUCGAAGACGGUUAGAUGCGAAAUCCAUUGUUCAGUUGGUUCGUAGUUUUGAUGCUCCAGUUGGAACCACUGCAUACAUAGAGCAAUCACUCCCUUAUCCACAAGAUGGAAAACAGGGCUGGUGGAGUGGAGGAUUCGGAUAUGGACUGUGGAUUGGGAUCUUAGUUGCUUCAGGAUUUUCUGUUGUUCCGGUGCCAUCUUUUACUUGGAAAGCAAAAUUUGAACUCUCUGGAAACCGGUCCACAAAGAACUGGUAUCAAAUAGCUAGAAAAGGUGAAUGUGACAUUACGAGUGACCUGUAUUUGAGCAUGAGCAGAACGUGUAGUGCUCCUCCUUGUGUUGUGUUAUCUACUGAGAAAAUAGAAGAAAACAGUAAAAGGUUCUUCAAGCUCUCGAGAGUUCCUUCCUCUUUCCCCUCUUUCACAGGAACUGUGAUUGAAAGUUCUAUUGGAAAAUCACUGGAUGCACGCACGCAUCUGCUGCAUGCUAUGAAUUGUAAGGAGGGCAAAAUGAUGACAGCAGGAGAGUUGCGUCUACAUUAUUUCCAUCACUGGAAUCCCUGUUGAGUAGGAAGAAAGAUCAUGGAAGGGCAGAGGCUUUACUAAUUGCUGCAUAUGGGAAAGAUCAGAAUAAUGUUAAUAACUUGGGAUCAUCUUGUGACGCUAUCUUAGAGAAAUUGUCUUGAAAAGUUGGCAUGACAAUUAUUUAAGUGCCACAGUGCCCGAUUCUUUUCCUAAUCUUGUAAUUUGAAUACCAUUAUUGUUGUAAACUAUAUUUUAGUUCAGGACAAAUGAUAUUAUGCU